AUGGCAAUGGUUGAUGAACUUGUUGACAAUGCUGGUGAAAUAAUUGACCAUCCAAAUGUUGUAUUUCCUUUGGCAAGUGAGGUCAAAGCUCCUGGAAGACCUAAGCACGUCAAAAGGAAAACUGCUCUCCCAAAGGACUUUGUCCGUCACAAGCACAGACAUCUCCUUGUGCAAAAGAACAAAAAUGAUAUCAGAAGUAUUUUGAAAGAAGGACUUAAAGAAGUGAUGAAGGAGUUCUUAGAGGAAGAGCCUCUCAAAAAUAUCAUAAAAGAAAUAAAAAAAGAAACCCAAUUCGCUGAAAAACAAGAGCCUCUCGAAGAAGCUAAAACAACCAAUUUCGCUAAAAAGCAAGAGCCUCUCGAAGAAGCUGAAAAAUAUUCCUCUGGAAUUAAAAGACCUAAACAUCUCCAAGACGACUACUGGUACGAUUUGCCUAGUCCAAAAAAACAAAACAAAAAUGUGCAUGACUUUGCUCUGCCUGCUCAAAUCGACCAAGCCGCCAUUUCGUUGACGUUUAACCCCAAGUCCGAUGUUUGGUGCGGUUUCCGUGUAUUUGCACACCUGAAAGAGGGUGGAGAGGAUCAGUUUCCUUUGGUGAAGAAGAUGUUGGCCACGAUGGCAACCCACGGUAAACUUUACGAGCACAACUUUGGCAUGGAUGUUGCUGAAGUGACAGAGGUCAUUGCCUUUGGCUCCGAGAUUGACCCUGCUCUUGGGGAAAAUAUCCCAUCUUGCCCUUCCUCUAUGUGGUUCUCUGCACCAGACUGUGCUCAGAUAAUAGCUGACACCUAUAACGAGCCUGUUUGUGUGUACUCGGACGAUCGGAGCGUCUUGCCUGUAACUUUCCUUCCCCUCCAUGAUCGGAAGCCUCUCAAAAGAAAGCCAUUGCCGAUGGUCUUGCACCAUGUACAUGGGUGCCACUGGACAACAAUUAAAGUGAAGCCUCAUGUACAUCGGUCCUGGCCUAAGACAAGUGAUUAUACUGGAUGGGGACAGGGUGUUACACACAGAAACGAUGGAUGUCUGCCGGACAAAUCAUACAACACUUCUCUAUUUGUCGUCAGUCCAAGACAUGCUCAGGAACCCGAUUCAGCCGUCUUGUCGGGUGGUCAUAUGCCAAGCUCAACCACUUGCACAAGGCUCCUUUCUGUUCUCUCCCCAAUCUUUUGCUUAGGCCUUCUGGACCAUUUUGUUGGCUCUGGAGAUCCUGUUUUGCCCACUCUCUUGAAGAAGUACUUGAGAGUGGGUAGAAUCAUACCAGCUACUAAUGAAAUCUGGGCUGCACCAAAGUCUGCAAAAUGGAUAUAUAUUAUUGUACUGGCCCUGAUAGAUUCGCUUAUGCCACUCAAAUUAGAAGUACUAUAA